CCAUAUAUACAUUCCCUCCCUCUUCAUCAUCAUCCUCAAAGCAUCUUCACGACAAAGCAAAGCCCCCACACUCCCCACUACUUGCUACCACCACCACGCUCACAACUUUUUUUUUUCUUGAUUAGCUUUCUUCCAUGAUUUUUGGCAGCUAAGCAAAGAAAAAGGGCUACUACCUUUUUCGUCCUCCACCGAAAAGAAGAUCCCCUCCCCGACUUUAAUUUUCCCUCUUCUUCUCCCUCAUCAUUCUCCUCCUCCUCUGCUCCUAAUGUGGAAAAUAAUGGACGAUUCCUGGCAGAUGCGGAUGGGGACGGCGCCGGGGCCGCCCCUCCUCCACCACCGCCGUUCCACCGAAACAUCCUCCUCCUCCCCCGCCGUCGCCGGACCCACCAGGCGAUCCGUCGACAACCACCGUCUCGACCCUAACAACUUCGCCGACGUGUUCGGCGGCCCGCCCAGGAGCCUUCUCGCCAGGAAAUUCUCCGGCGACCUCAACAGGCCGUCCGGCUCGUUCUACGAGGAGGUCUUCCGACCGCCGAGCUUCGCGUGCCCACCCGCCGCCGCGAGCAAGAACGGCGGCAGGUGCCUGCCGGCGUUCCGGAUCCCGGCGAAGGGGGAGGGGUUCUACAGCGACGUUUUCGGGGCGGAGGAGGACGGCCGGGCGUCGAGGGAGCGGUCCAGGCCCAACUCCAAGGGGAAAUCCAAGUCGAAUUCUUCGUCCGUUCUCAGCUCCGAAGAGCUCAGCCCUCGCCGGCCGAAUGUCUCCGGCGGUCACGACCCCGCGUUGUCGUCUUUCGCUUCGAAGCUGAGGUCGAUCAACGUGCCAGCCCGGUGGAAUUCGACAACAAUGAAGCCAGCCGGAGAAGAACAACUACAGACCAACAAACAAGAGGCACCAUCUUUCCCGUACAACCGUCCUUCCUACGCCGCCGCCACCGCGGCAGAUGACAGCUUCAUGGAGAAGCAACAACUCCACGCGAAUCUGAAAUCCUGCGUGGAGAACUAUUUCAAAGCACAGCAGCAGCAGCAGCAGUUUAAUUCUUCGCCGGAGACGACGACGGUGGAGCCCAAUACUUCCUACUGGAGCACAACCUGCAGAGGUUCCGGGGAUGAUAAUGACGAUGACGAUGAUGACGUGGAAUUGGAGGAGAUGAACAACAACUCCCCUGUUUCCCCUGCUGCCUCCUCUGUUCUCUGCCAGCUCGAUCCAGAGCCCGCAUGCAGCUGUACUCCCUGUGAUGAACAGUACCACAAUGAUGUAAUGCGAGAAAUUGAUGACGACGAGGAAGAGGAAGAGGAAGAGGAAGAGGUUAUGAGUAACUCUUAUGUGAUCGAGAUCAAUAACUGCGAUUAUAACAACAGGGAUGGCGAAGCGGUGUCGAUCGAUGAAGCCAUUGCUUGGGCUAAGGAGAAGUUCCGGGCACACACUGAGAAAGAAGCACUCAAAGAUGCUGAAUUCCACCAGUCUUCUUCUAUGGAAGAAGCUGAUGGGGGUGACAAAUGGGUAACCACAACAGAAGAGGAGAAAUCAGAGUCGGAAAGAGAUAGGGAGAUAGAGGAGUUGAAGGAAGAGAUACGACUGUGGUCGUCAGGAAAGCAAAACAACAUCCGUCUACUGCUAUCCUCGCUGCAUCAUAUACUAGAACCAGGGAGCGGGUGGAGUGCGAUCCCAUUGACGAGCAUAAUCACGAGCUCGCAGGUGAAGAAGGCUUAUCAGAGAGCAAGGCUGUGUCUUCACCCUGACAAGCUCCAACAGAGAGGAGCCACGCAGCAUCACAAGUACGUCGCCGAGCAAGCCUUCGCAAUCCUCCAGGAUGCGUGGGCUGCAUUCAUUUCCCAGGAUCUGCUUUUCAACAACCCAGUGAAGUGAGAAGUGAGAAGCAACCAUGUUUAUGAUGAGUAUAUUGUGUUGCUUGGAUUACUGCUAGAAGCAAGCAGCCGCCAAGGGCUUUUGUCUUGGAUUCAAAUUCAUAUAUAGGUGGUGGGGCUUGGUUGGCUUGGCUGUCUGGUUUUUGGAGGUGAUGAGAAGCUAGCUAGGCAAGUGUGUAUAGAGACGAGAACUGUAAGUGAUAUGUAACGUUUAGAAUAAUGAUACGAUAUUCGUUUGGUAGAUAGAGUACAACAUCAAUUUCCGAUCACAAAAUCGAUCAAAAAGGCAACGCUACAACGAGUCGAACAAAUCUAUAUGGACAGGGCUGCUUGAGCAUAAUUGUAGGGACAGUCACCAAGUGGAAACUGAUUUACUCGCUAUACACGUUUCAAGCUUUGAAAUCCGUAUCUGGUUUUCAGAAUAUAAUCGGAGGUUGAACCGAAA